GUCUGCCUCCUGCUGCCCUGAUGCCUGGGCACAGGCAGGGCAGCAGCAAGUGACUCCCCAGACGCAGCUUCAGCCUUUAGCUUCUUCCUGGCACUGGGCGCACCCUCAGACAGAGCCUGGGGCCCACGCUGAGGGCGAGCUGAGCUUCAAGGGUGUCGUCUCCUUGAGGUCCAGACUGCUGCAACUUGGCAGAGGGUGGUGGAUGAUCUGAGCAGCUGGGCUGUGGUGUCUGAACCUGGGCACCGCCAACCCCCUGGCAUCAUGUUGUCCCCGAAGAAAGGCCUGCUGUGCAACCUCAACCACAUCCACCUGCAGCAUGUCUCCCUGGGGCUGCACCUCUCCCGGCACCCAGAGCUCCGAGAAGGCUCGGUCACCACGGCACCACGAGAGCAGACAGGCUGCAGCGACUGCCAGGAGACCCAUGGUGCCCUGGAGCAAGUUGAUGCCAACUCCAACAACCCCUCGCUGCAGUGCCGGUGCUGCGAGUCCCACGUGUCGCAGCCGCUGAAGUCAGGUCUCCAGAACCAGCCUGCCCUGGGGGAUUUCCUCUCCCUGCCUGUGGAGGAGAACUUGGCUUCCCCCUCUGACCCAGCCUCCUCCUCCUCUGUCAGCAGCUGCUCAGAUUUCAGCUUGGACGACACCCCUGUCUCUGUUUACUACAAGGAGUUCCCCAGUGAUGAGACCCAGUCCUCAGACCCGCAGCCAAACAUCGUCCCCAUUGAAGAUGCCCGCGAUGCCGCACCACCAACCGAGCAGGACACCGUUGUGCCGGAUGGAAGAGAUUCACGCCUCAGCCCACCAGAGUGGGAGUGCCUGGAGGCUCUGGCCCAGGGCAGCCCGGACAGCCUCUGCAGCAGCAGCUCCCUCAACUCCCUGUCGGACACGACCUCUGUCAGCGUGGACAUGCCGGAGACCCCGGGGGAGCGCCCCCCCCCAGCCAUCGGCGGGGAGCUGGAUUCCAACUGCAACGCCCUUCCUGCCAUGGGCAGCCCCCAUCCGGGCACCUGUGCACUAGCACCUGGACAGCUGGACCUCAACCUGAACAGAGCCCCGCAGCCUAUGCCUGGGCCAGCUAGCGGCCCACCCCCCGUGCCCCCGCGGCCGAAGAGAGGGCUGCAGAUACUGCUGAGCAGGGUGGCCACGGAGAAGCCUGGCCCAGCAGAGGCACCUGCUGAGCCCAUGGGCAGCCUGGGAGAGCCGCCCCGAGACCCCGCCAGAAAAAACAUCACCUCCUUCCACGAGCUGGCUCAGAAACGGAAGAGGAACGUGGCUGGACCCCACCUCGCGCAGGCCAAGAAGGACAGGAGCGACUGGCUGAUUGUUUUCUCUCCCGACACGGAGCUGCCACCACCCAGCGAGCUAAUUGCCUGCAGCGCCCAGGGCCAGGAGCUGCCCAGGCCCCAGCCCCAGCCCCAGCCCCAGCCUGACAAGCAGGCAAACCCCCCUGGUUCCAGCCAGAGGGAGGUGACCACGUUCAAGGAGCUCCGCUAUCGCAAUGCCAUCAACAAGCAGAGAGGCCAGCUGGCGUGGGGGGAAGGAGCAGCGCUGCAGGAGCUCCCCGGGCUCCAGCAGGCAGCCGUGGGCAGAGCUCCCUCCAAUGGCGAGGGGCUGCAGGGCCCCACCUGGGCACCAGCUCUGCCACUGGGAGGCCACUCCGUGGCUCCUGCGGAAAGCUACCCGCCGCAGAGGAAGAAGUCACGGCCUGGGCUGCAGCCCAUCACAGAGGGACUGCCCGGUGAUGCUGAGGACAGGGGGCUGCCUGCGGGAGGCUGUGCCCCCAGGAGGAAGCAGUUUUGGUCUGACUGUGAGGAGGAGGCUGCGGGGUGGAGGCCCCGAGGGCCUGAUGGGGACCCCCAGGAGCUGGGAAGAGCCGAGAGAGGGGACAGGAUCUGCAAAGAGGCCCUGCUGGUCGCUGUCAGCGCCUCCGUGGACAAGAUCGUCGCCCACUUCAGCGCCGCCAGGAACCUGGUGCAGAAGGCCCAGCUGGGGGACAGCCAGCUCAGCCCGGACGUGGGCUACCUGCUGCUGCGCACUUUGUGCCCGGCGCUGCACGCGCUGGUGGGGGACGGGCUGAAGCCCUUCCAGAAGGACAUCAUCACAGGCCAGAGGAGGAGUUCCCCUUGGAGCGUGGUGGAGGCCUCGGUGAAGCCAGGCCCUGGCACCCAGUCGCUGCAGGCCCUGUACUGGCGCAUCUCGCGGCUGGCUCCUCUCAGCAGCAGCAGGCAGCGGUUCCACGCCUUUGUCCUCGGCCUCCUGAACCUGAAGCAGCUGGAGCUGUGGAUCUCCCAGUUGCAGAAGAGCCCAGGUGUCAUCUCCGUUCUCUACUUGCCCUCGGCCUUUCUUGCCCUGAGCCAGGGGCCCCUCCCACACUUGGCCGAUGAGCUGCUGCUCCUCAUCCAGCCCCUCUCGGUGCUCACCUUCCACCUCGACCUGCUGUUUGAGCACCACCAUCUCUCUGUGGACAUGAGGCCCCUGCCAGACCCUGCUCCUGGCCCGACCCUGGUCCCUGCUUCAGCUGCCCGUCCUGCUGAAACCCGGGGCCCCCUCACUCAGGCUCAGGGGGCCCAAGCCGAGGGCCAAGGCAGCACCGAGAGGGCCAGCCCGGAGCAUGGGGCUGCCCCAGAUGGCCUGGGCAGGGCAGGCCUCACGGGCACAGAGGACAGCACAAGGCCCCAGCUAGCAGCAGCUGCCACCAGCCUGUUCCCCAGCCCACGGGUGGGGGUCUCACUGCAGCAGACCUUUCAGCACGUGCUGCAGUGGGGUGGCCGGCUCAGCCACGCACUCACAGGAGCCGACGGCCCCUCCCGAAGCCCUGAGCAUGACCAGGGCCCUCGGGGCACCAGGGCAGGGCUGGGCGGCUGGUGGGGGCAGCUGAGCCAGGCCUCAGGGGUCUACACAGCUUCUGGCAAGGAGGACUUUCCCUUCACCCGCUGGACAGCGCUGCGAACGGCCCCAGGGGAUCCCAGCCCGAUUAACGCAUCCUGCCUGGCACCAGCCAAGGGGUCCAGCAGCUCGGAGCUGCAGCCUCUUGAGGCCAGGACUGGCACCAGCGCUAUGAGCCCAGACUCUACCAGCGGGGCAAGGGCCUUGGGGCUGCCCUUGCAGGCCACAGCUAGGGAGCCCACGGGCCCCGGGGACCCCACGCUGCCAGAGCCUGCUGCUGGAGACAGAAGCCAACCUAUGUUGGAGGAGCCUGGCUGGGGGAAGGGUGCCUGGCUGGGCCGCCUCUUUGGAGCCACCUGUCCAUCUGCCCGAGGCCUUCCCAUGGAGCCUGACACCAGUUCAGCCAGACCCAGGAGACCCUCCAGCUGGCUGCGCCCCCCCGUGAGCAUGCUCUCCCUGGCGAGGAAGGGGACGGCCCCUGAGCAGCCCUGGCCUCUAGAGCAGCAGAAGGAAGGGCCCGACUCGCCUCAGCCCCACAGGGCAGUGCGGGCGCUGUGCGACCAUGCAGGCGCCGGGCACGGCUACCUCAGCUUCCGCAAGGGCGACGUCCUGCAGCUCAUGGCCACUGUGGACGAGGACUGGAUCCGCUGCUGCCACAAAAACGACACAGGCCUCGUUCCUGUCAGCUACACCUCCCUGAUCGUGUGAGGGGUAUGGCAGGGAGCUCCUACCCCUACCCCUGCCCCAGCUCUGCAGGCAGCUGUGGGGGUCACCCUGGGCCAGGGGUUGGCAGGGGCCGCAUGGCACUGCUCCUCAUGGGCACUGUUCCUCAUGGGCACAGCCUGGCAGUGCCCUCCCUGCUGGUGCCCUGCUGCCUCACCAUGCCUGCGUCAUCUUGGCUGUGCCCGUGGGCUCCUGAGGCCCCAUGGCCGUCACCCUCAUACUACCCCCGUGCUGCUGCUUGUGUCCUGCUGCCUGCCACCUUGCAUGCCCUGGGUGGCCCUUCCCUCCAUAGCCAUGCCAGAGCCGGGCUCCCACUGUCCCCUUGAGACAGCUGUGUGCACAGAGCCCAAUGUGCGGCCUUGGGUGCGGGUGGAAAUAAAGAUGUGUGUGCAAGGCA